AUGAACUUUACACGUCAGCGCACGUCACCAAUUCAUGCGGGAGAGAUUAUUAGUUACAAGAACGUUGAUCUUUUACGUCGUUUUAUUACGGAACAAGGUAAGAUUCUUCCACGUCGCUUAACUGGUGUUACAGCGAAGGAACAACGUCAACUUGCUAAAGCUAUUAAACAAGCUCGUAUUCUUGGGUUCUUACAAUUCCUUUAUAAAGAAUAA